AUGGCUUGGGUGAACACCGGCGCCGAUCUGAGUCACUGUCUCUGCUGCUGUAAUCAAAGGCACCUUCUAGCUGUGAUAUUCAUCUUUACCAUCGUGAUGGGAGCUCCGCACACCCACGAUACCGCUCAGCAAAUGGCGCAGGAUAGCACCGGGCUGCCCCCGCACGACGACGACGGCCAUCAUCCGCAUCAUCACCACCACCACAGCCAUCACCACCAGCAUCACCACCACCAUCAUCAUCAUCAGCACCAUCAGCAGCAGCAGCAGCAGCGGCAACAACAGCAACAUCAUCUUCACGAGCACAAUCAGCAACAGCAUCGGCCGCCGACCGGAUCGAGCGCCGGGCUGGCCUCGGUGGCCCCGUUUCCGGCGGCGAUGUUUUUCGCCACCAAAAACAACACAAAAGUCACCGCACAGCGAGGCGGAACGGCCCUCCUGCCCUGCACCGUCGUCAGCCAAUCUUCCGCCCUGGUAUCGUGGGUACGACGGCAGGACUUUAUGCUGCUUACGGUCGACCUGGAGACGUACAUCAGCGACGAGCGGUUUCUGGUCGAGCACCUGCGCCACCUGGGCCACUGGGCCCUCCGCAUCAAGUCGGUGCGCACCGAGGACGAGGGCCUGUACGAGUGCCAGCUGUCCGUUCAUCCCGUGCAGUCGGUGUUUGUCGAGCUUACGGUAGUGGAAGCGGUCGCCGAAAUCGUCGGAGCGCCCGAUCUGCACAUCGACGAAGGUUCCACGUUGCGGCUGGAGUGCCAGCUGAACAGUGCCACGGAAAACCCCACGUUCGUGUUCUGGUACCACGAACAAAACAUGGUCAACUUUGACCAGCUGAAUGGCUUUUCCGUCACACCAUUCCAGCCUCCGGCCACCGCUGGCCUCCAGCACCUGCAUCACCUCCUGUCACACCCGUCUCUCGACGAUCACGAGCUGCAGCAACUCUCGUCGGAGGACCACGCGUUCGGCGAUCCCUUCGGUGACGAAGACGUUGGCGACGACGGUGACCUCUCCCGACGGCGCCCUCUGCACCUCGAGCAGGACACAUUCCUCCGGAUGCCCUCCUCUGCCUCCUCCUCGUCCUCGUCCGCUUCCUCGCUGUUACUCGCGUCCCUGGCAGCCGCCGCCUUAUCUGCUUCACCUUCCUCCUCGUUGCAACAUCUGGACCAAAGCCAUCCUUCCGAUCUGUCGUCGGAGCGCGUCGGUACAGCGUUCCCGGACACGCAUCACAACCAGGCCCAUCUGCACCGGCUCCACGGGCUGUUCAGGCACAACUUCUCCAGCAGCCCGCUGCUCUACUCGCAUAUCCUGACGCCGGCCCCGAGCAUCCUCACCAUCAAGGAGGUCCACCUGAGGCACGCCGGUAAUUACACGUGCGCCCCGUCGAACGCACGUCCGGCCAGCAUCACCGUGCACGUCCUGCAAGGUGAAAAACCGGCCGCCAUGCAGCACGCCAACCGCAGCCAGUUGGACGACGGAGGAAAACAGGCGGCCCGAAACGGAUCACCAUCGUACCGGGACCAACAUUUCCUUGUGCUGCUCACGGUGCUACUGUUCUGGGCGUUGCAGAAUCGGUGAAACAAAAUAGUUAAAACAAAAUGGGCGUAAACCACAGGGAAAGCGGUUUCCAACGUUGGAAACGAAAGAUGGUAUUUUUAUUGAAGAUUAAAAUGGUCAAGGAUGGACGCAGCGUGGGAAUGUUCAAACGAAAAGAAACUCUAACAGUAUUUUAACUCCACCUCGUACGUCGAGAGCGACCGGGAAAAAGGAAGAAAGUGAUCGGAGAUCGAUUGUUUUGCGUUUAAGUUUGACCAUUGUUCAACUUCCUUCCGUCGCAUCAAUGUUUGGAAAAGAGAUAAAAGAAAAUCCCCACUUCCCGUUCCAUGUAAAAUAGAACUCGACUCGUUUCAAUAACUCCAAUUUCGCCAUGUUACAAUGUUUCUCUCCAGCAAAAACCAAAAAACAAAAAAACGGCGAAAGCGCAAACGCAACGCAGCAACAGGAACAUGUAAGCCACGUAGUUAGCUAAAAAUGUUUGUUAUAAUGCAAAGUGAAUAUAAAGGAAGGACUAAUUUAAGAAUGAAGGAAAAAGAAGUACAGAACGCACGUUAUACUGGGCGGGCGGGAAAAAAAUGCUUGUUCGACGACGUCGUGGGGGAUAAGGGAACGGGACAAAAGAAAAGUAUUAUUCAU